ACACCCACGGCGGCUUGUUUUGCCCACAGAGAGGAAUUCCACGCUGGAUACCAACCUUCACUUUAAUGAUAUAGAUGUCAGACCGUUCAUUUGUCUUUUAUUUUAAAUCGAAUAGAUCCAUUCCCUGUUCAAAUUGUUAGCUUGUGGCUAACAAGUUACCUGUGAAGAAUGAAAACAGGCAACGAAAACAGCAGCAGCAGCAUCAUGGACAUGUUUGAGCAGGGCAAAGUGCUGAAGAUCUGUGCACCUAUGGUUCGAUAUUCAAAGUUAGCGUUCAGAUCUCUUGUCAGGAAGUACAACUGUGACGUCUGUUUCACCCCAAUGAUUGUAGCAACUGACUUCUUACGAUCUGUCAAAGCCAGAGACAGCGAGUUUACCACCAAUGAACGUGAUCGACCCCUCAUUGUGCAGUUUGCAGCCCAUGAUGCUCAGACCUUGGCGGAUGCAGCUUGUGUGGUGGCCCCUUUCUCAGAUGGAGUUGAUCUUAACUGUGGCUGUCCUCAGAGAUGGGCUAUGUCAGCUGGUUACGGUGCAUGUCUCAUAAACAAGCCUGAGCUUGUAAAGGACAUGGUGCGACACGUCAGAAAUCAAGUGGACAACCCAAACUACACCGCAUCUAUCAAAAUAAGGUAAAACCUGUAGGGCUAAGAUAACUCGUAGGUCAUGCAACCUUUAAAGGGACUUGGUAAAGUAUCCAAAUGGGAUUCCAUAGAGUUGUAUGUGAUAAACCAACGGAAAAUUUGGAUUUAGUCUCCUUUAUUCCAUUACUCCUAAAUCAAAUUUAGUUCAAUGGGUAGCCUUGACAACCAUUGUAAACAAAAUCUAUAUGUGUUAGUUUAAUCUCAGGAUAGGCUUAAAAAGAUGUGGCUCAAGAGACGUUUUGUUGUAGUUGAGGCAAAUGGAGAUCUUU